AUGAAUUCAAAAUCUGAUUACCAAUCAAUUUCUACAGAAGGUAUAAAGGAUCUAAUUAUAGUUUCUUGUUUAAUAAAAUAAGGUAGAUUACAUGAUGCCUUAAAAUAAUGCGAUAUUGCAAUAUUUGAAAACAAAAAUGAAUUAGAAUGUUACAAAGCCAAAAGUAUAAAUAGUUUAAUAAAUCCUAUUAGCAAGGGUUUUAAAUCAAUUAGGCCUUCAAAGUGAAGUUAUUGAUGCUUGGGAAUAAGGGAUUUAAAAUAAUAGAAAUGAUUUUACCUUUUAUCACUCGAAAGGUUGUUAUGCUUUGUGUUUAUAGUUUGUGCUUUAAGAAAACAAAAGAGAUACGAUGAGAUAAUUAAAUGUUACGAUUAAGGAAUAAUGUUUAAUAAGAAUGAUCCUAUAUUUUAUGCACAUAAAUGUACAAAAUAUCCUCGCAUUUUUUUAGUUGUGGAGUUAGAAAAAUAGGAAAGAUUAGAGGAGGCUAUUUAAGUUUGGGAGUUAGGAAUUUAAAAUAAUAAAACAGAUCCAUUUUUUUAUAAAUAAAAAGGUAUUCGAAGUUUGAAUGAUAUAGUAUAAGCUUUAUUAUAAUGUUAUGGCGAAACAAUUUGUUAAGAAAAGAUAGCUGAAUGUUGGGAUUUAGCAAUAUAAAAUGGAAAUGAUAAUCCAUUUUACAUCAAAUCUAAAGGUAGAAUGACAGUUAAUUAUUUAAGUUAGUGCUUUAGAAAAAUUAGAGCAAUGGGAUGAAGUCAUCAAAUGUUUGAAUUAUGGAAUACAUAUGCAUAGACAAGCUCUAAUCUAUUAUGAAGAUAAAGGUGUAAUGAUUUAGCAAUUAUUAGCUAAUUAUUUAAAAAAAUUAAAUAGAUUGGAAGAAAUCAUUGAAUGUUGGGAAGAAGGAAUCAAAAAUAAUCCAAAUAAUAAAUUGUUUUAUACAAAGAAAAGUUAACAUUCAUUAGAUAAAUUUAGUUUAAGCUUUAGAAGAUUAAGAAAAGAUAGAAUAAAUUAUUGAAGAGGCCAAUCAUUAUAUUAGUUUAUUCAAUGAUUUGAUUUUUUAUGAAGCGAAAAGUAAUUAAAGUAAUAAUUUUUUAGCAAAAUGCUUAUUCAAAUAAGCAAAAUAUGAAGAGAUUAUUUAAUGUUGGGAUUAUGGAAUUAAAAAUAACGACACUACAACUACAAGUUCUUUCUAUAUCAAAAAAAGUACUAACAAAAAUAUGAUUAGUUGAAGCUCUAGAGAUUUAAGGAAGAUGGGUUGAUUCCAUAUAAUGCUGUGAUUAAGGAAUUUCUAAAUGCUUUUGGAAUAUUGAAGAGAUAAUAAAACUUAAAGGUUUUUUCAAUUUAUUAUUUCAAGUGCAUUCUCUAGCAUAAUUAAACAAUUUUCGAAAAGCUUAAUAGUAUUCACGGUUAAUUAAUGCAAAUUAGCCACAAAUCUUCCAAAAUUGA